UAUUUGAACAUGUGCCUCGCGUACUCACCAACAGUUGCCACACCAGAGCUAGCCAUAAAGAUAGACCAUGGCGGAUGGAGGUGUGUGGGUGUUCCGGAAGGACGGGGUGAUGGAGCUGGAGAACGCGGCCGGGGCGGCGUCGAGCCGGAGCGGACCGGGCAACAGGGCGCUGGUGUACGUGCCGGAGAACGAGACGAUGCGGUCGCUGCAGGCGCUGGAGCAGCGCCUCGGCGCGCACGGCUGGGAGCGCUACUACGAGAACCGCGACGUCGUGCAGCUCCACCGCCGCGACGGCAGCCUCGACCUCAUCUCCCUCCCGCGGGAUUUUUCGCAGUUCCGUUCCACCCACAUGUACGACGUCGUCGUCAAGAAUCGAGGCCACUUCAAGGUCGUCGACCUCUAGCAUCUAGUAUUAUUAGUUGCUCACGUACGCAGCUACUGCUUUCCCGGCCAGUUAGGCUUGCAACCCUAAGCUCUGUGUUGUAUCGUUGUGACUAUUACUACGACAUCAUAUUUCUUUUACUGAAAAAAGAAAUUUAGCCCCGG